CACAACUAUUUGAAUGAUGCCCCCAAUGGCGAGCAUAUAUGUGAUCAGCUGAUACUCAGCCACACGUGUGUUGUCCAGGGAAUGUCAACUUUGAAUCGUGUGUUCAACACUUUGACCACAUUUUUGUUGAUUUUAAUUACUUUUAGUUUUCAUUCAAUUCAUUGAACACUACAUUGUUUUCAUUGAUUAUCACAUGUUAUACACCACUCACUGACCACUGAAUAGCACGACAACUAUGACUGAAAUCACUGCCGAGAACUUCGAGCAGAUGUGUCCGAUCAUCACCACCGACAUCAAGCACUCGUCAUUCAUCGCGGUGGACACAGAGCUGACAGGACUGGUGAUCGACCGCAGAUGCACUCCAUCUCUGUUCGACUCAUUGGACCAAAGAUACCAAAAGCAGAGACAA